CUGCUUCGUGGCUAAUGAUCAUUGAGUGGUUCAGUAGUGUUUUUCCCCGAGUUUUAAGCAGCUCGUCGGGGACUUUGAAACGGAAUAAAUUUUCCACUAUAUACGUCCGCUGCACACUUCGUACCUAAAGCGGUUAAAAAAUAUUUGCAACAUUGCAUAUCUACGAUCGGCUCUGUUGCAGCAAAGGCUAUAAGAGAUAUACAUAUCUUGCGUCCAUAGAGUGCGCGGGGUGUUCAUAGAUGGUCGAACGGUUUAGUGUAUGCAGAAGUGCGGCGUACGAGAGUUAAAAAUUGAAUGGAAAAACAGAUUAGGAAGUAAAUAAAACUGUAGUUGAGUAGUUGGAUGAUUAACGGAAUUGAUUAAAAUUGUUAAAAAAAAUUAAAACAGUAUAUAUAUAUAUCGACACGAUAAUAUCUGCGUACGCGCACAAGUAAAAUAGGUACCUGACUGCUUGUCGUGCAGUUGUAGGUAAUAAGUUGAUUUGAAAGUACGAAUCGCCAAUAAGGAUAAAAUCAAGAACUUGUAUAGAAAAAUAUAACGACAGAAGCUGAAACAAAUAUCAUCGAGAUUCAUCAACCAACAUCGCAAUUUGUAUCGCAUCAUAUGCGGAGGAAGCGCGAAAACAGUGAAGUAACAAUAAUAAUAAUAUUUUCUUUUCGCGUUAUAUGACCUGAAGUAUAAUCGUCAGAGGGCAGGGGCAAAUGUUUAUCAAGACAAAUAACAAAAAACAACAACCGAACAACCGGUCAUCGAAUAUAAACGCAACCGAUACGAACCACGUUCCAUCGAAAGGAGUAAUCGUCAUUACCUCAAGAGAGAGAGAGAGAGAGACAGAGUGAAAUCAUCGCCUGAUACAUAUCACUCCUACUCCCCCCACCCUCACCCCAUCCCCACCACGCCGCCGUUUUCCCCCUCCCAUUCCCCGUCCCGGCCAAACCUGCCCCUCGUUUUCCUCCCCCUCACCUCCGCCCCUUCCCGUCGUUCUUCUUCCCCCUCUCUUUCGGCCGUCCACCACUCUUUGACACUGUGCGUUAUCCUCGGUUGACUCCUGCUGAAAUAUAUUUGUAAUCAUCCAAAAAGUAGUCACGACGAAGAUGCCGCUCUUCGGUAAAAAGGAUUCUAGCAAGAAAUUGAAAAAGGAUGGAAAGGACGAGAGAUUGCCGUCGGUUGACGAGAAAUACAUCCUCAAGGAAUUACUCGGAACGGGAGCGUUUUCCGAGGUCAGAUUGGCAGAGAGUAAAGAAAAACCUGGCCAGAUGUUUGCCGUGAAGAUAAUUGACAAGAAGGCGUUGAAGGGUAAAGAAGACUCGUUGGAGAAUGAGAUAAAGGUGUUACGAAGGUUCAGUGAAACAGUGAAACCACAGAGCGGUGGUGGACCGUUCAAGUCGGAUAAUAGUGGCGAGACGGGAUGGCUGACCCACCCGAACAUUGUGCAGCUUUUGGAAACGUUCGAAGACAAGCACAAGGUCUACUUGGUAAUGGAGUUGGUCACCGGGGGAGAACUCUUCGACAGAAUUGUAGAGAAAGGUUCUUACACAGAGAAAGACGCUUCCGGUCUUAUACGACAAGUGCUCGAAGCAGUCGACUACAUGCACGAGCAGGGUGUCGUUCACAGAGAUCUGAAACCUGAGAAUCUCCUCUACUACAGUCCGGACGAAGACAGUAAAAUCAUGAUCAGUGACUUUGGCCUAUCGAAAAUGGAGGAUUCCGGAAUAAUGGCAACGGCCUGCGGCACGCCUGGUUAUGUCGCACCGGAGGUAUUGGCGCAAAAGCCAUACGGCAAAGCCGUAGACGUAUGGAGCAUAGGUGUGAUAUCUUAUAUUCUAUUGUGCGGAUAUCCACCGUUCUACGACGAGAACGACGCCAAUCUGUUCGCCCAGAUACUACGAGGUGAAUUUGAGUUCGAUUCGCCGUACUGGGAUGACAUUAGCGACUCUGCAAAGGAUUUCAUUAAGAAAUUGAUGUGCGUUAACGUCGACGAACGAUACACCUGCAAACAGGCGCUGGCGCACCCUUGGAUAUCCGGAAACGCGGCGAGCAAUAAAAAUAUCCAUGGCCCGGUAGGAAUGUCUCCCUGUUGUCUCAUGGUUGCAGCAAGCGUAUCACGCGACUACGGUCAUCCGUCAGAUGCAACGGCUAGCGCUCAACAGUGGCCUUCAGCAGCAGAAGGGUGUCCAAGGUUCGACCGGCCUUUCCUCCAGUGGAAGCAAUUCAACGCAGCAGCGCCAAGACCCAUCGUCCGUCAGUCCAAAUAUAAAUCGUCAUCAACAACAGCACAGAGCUCCGUUAGGACAGUCGACAAAUUACAACUGAAGCCAAUGCUGGAGGAGGUACAACAAUCUAAUGUCGUACCAGCUUUGUUGGUUCUGGCGACUCCAGUGACACCGUUAUCUCUAAACGACUCUAAGAUAUAUCACCGUAGUAAACGCUUCAAGUUGUUAUGGUGCAGCACGCGAAGCGCUCUCUCAACAUUGUUCCCAGCGAAAAUAUCGCAUCUUAGAAAACAUAAGAAGUGUAAAAAGAGUUGAACGUCUAACUUCGAACAAUGUAUGUUCGAUUCAUUCUGUUUGUAUAUUCAAUACAUAUAGGUAUACACAUAUAUAUAUAUGUAUGUAUAUAUACAUAAAUACAUGUAUAUAUAUAUGUGUAUAUACAUAUACAUAUAUGUAUAUUUUUUCUUUCAAUCUGGAUCUGAUUUUUUCGAACAAAAAUAUCGCGACGACUUUUUCAAAGCGAUUGGGCCGAAAUAUCAAAAUCUUCUGUCGUUGAUUUGGAAAAGAAGAUACAAAAAAAAAAAACAGCAUCGAUGCGGUUGAAAAAAAAUUAAUCAAUUGCUUGUCAUUGUUGCAAGUUUAAGGUGAGCAUUGAAAAUUCAAGCGACCAAUGAUAUAAAUACAUAUACGCUUUCUACGAGAUCUGAUUAAUGAAAAUGAAUAAGAAAAGCAUACAAGUGAUAAUAAUUGAAGGAAGAAACUUGUAUCAUCUUUAUCUUGACGUUUUUCUCGAGCAUAAUGUCACUAAUGAUUUAAGUUAUCUCUGUUCUUUUGUUUGUUUAUAAAUAAUAUAUAAAUAUAGACAUAUAAAUAAAUAAAUAAAUAUAUAUAUAUAUACAUGCAAAUAUAAUAUCUUCCACGUAAUGCUUAUGAGGAGAAACUGAUUUCGAUAAAACUAGAUAAAAUAAUAAUAAUAAUAAUAAUAAUUCAAAUAAAACAAAAUCAAGGCUGGUUAAAUUAUUGUCAGUCUUUUUAAAUGCAAAAUUCAAGCAUUCAUGAUAACUCUCUUUUGGUCACGGUGUCAACUAAAUGAUGAAUAAAUUAAAAGUAUAAUAAUAAAUCAAAAUAAAUGAACAAAUAAAUAAAUUUACAAAAUAUCGCGUCCCUGGCCGGACGAAAGAUAAAAUGUGUUUUAUUAUCUUUAUCACGUGGAAAAACUGCGCUCAAUUAUUGCUAAGAAUUACACCUCUUUAUAUACUUACAAACACUUUCUGGCCCAGUAGAAGAGAUAGAAAAAAAAAAAAAAAUAAAGAAUAACUCAAUUGUCGAUCCUCAAAACGAUACAAUUGUACGCAAAAAUUUCAGUUGCAAUUUUUAAAUUCUAAAGCACACGAAAUGAUUUGUUCGUUCCUUUUUUCGGAAACGCGAUAUCGUACUAAUAUCGAUAUAUAUAUAUAUAUAUAUAUAUAUAUAUAUACGUAUUGACACGAGUUUAUUAAAAGAAAAUGAAGUGAAAUAUCGAUCGGUAAGAUAGCAAAUAAAUAGGCAAGUUAAAAGAAAGAAGGUACGCAGCUUGAACACGUGAAUUUGUUUCUAAUUCAAAAACUGUGUCAAGUACGUUUUUUAAAACUCGACUACCAAUGCGAAAUUGUACUUUAAACAAAGCGACAGCAUUAGACUCAGCGAUUUUCAAAAAAACAAGCAGUCGAGCUGCGUACAUGUUCUCUUAAAAGUAGUUACGUAUUUCAACGAU